AUGUCCUCCCUACUAAUAGGCAGGAAAAAAAUACCACCGCAAGUAAUCCGCGAUGCCAAGGGUAUAUGCAUCUACUCAAGCAUGAAAUCCGGCCUACCGCCGUUCGGCGGCAUGAACGGCACCGGUUUGCUCCUGGGGCGCCUGCCUGAUGGUUCGUGGUCCGCCCCUUCUGCGAUUUUGCCCAACUAUUACUCAACAGGUUUCAUGAUUGGUGUGGAUGUCGUUGAUGUGAUUCUGAUUAUCAAUUCCGAAGAGAUGCUCCGCUCUUUUCGCUCACACAAGUUUGCGCUGGGCGUAGAGAGUGUCGUCUCGUCAGGUCCGUUGGGCACGGCAUUGAAUACGGCCGUGGACGUCAAGGAUAAAAUUAGUCCAAUUUACUCCUAUGUGAACUCGCAUGGGUUUUACGCAGGCCUAGAACUGACCGGUCAAGUAUUCCUGGAUCGCUUUGACGAAAAUGAACGCGUUUACUACUGGCCUGGUAUUAAAGCAGGAGAUAUUCUGGAUGGCAAAGUCCGAAUCCCCGAUUGUGUCGCUCCCCUACAUCGCGCUUUGCGCGAGGCUGAGUUUGGUAUCGCGCAAGCAGGUGUUCUGGAGCAGACGUCUCUCAUGAAAAAUCUUCCCAAGGGACCCAGUGAAGUUGCCUUAGAAAAGACGCUCGAGUCACUCCUAGAAGGAGAGCAUAUUCAAUUACCUCCUACGCCAGAACAACUAGAUUUGAUGGAACGUGCUGGCUUCCAAGACGAAUAUGACGAAGCCUUUGAGCAAAAAGAACGUGAAGCUGUUCGCAAUCUCCCGCCGCCACCCCAGCAUCCUACUACGUCUCGGGCAGUCUCAAUUGCCCAGGAGGGUCGCAGAUCUUCUCCAACCCUUAUUGAAGAACAAACAGAUACUGCGGUCAAUGGCGACCAAACUAGUGAGCCGCGCGAUAAGGAACUCGAGCUAUAA